CCAACAACUACAAGUCCCAUCGUACCCCGCGCUCACGCGCACUACGCGAGAGCAAGAUGGCCGACACGGCGGCCGGGCCUGGUGGCUCGGGAACGAGAUCAGGAAGUAAACAGUCUACUAACCCUGCUGAUAACUACCAUCUGGCCCGGAGGAGGACCCUACAAGUGGUUGUGAGCUCCUUGCUGACAGAGGCAGGAUUUGAGAGCGCUGAGAAAGCGUCUGUGGAAACAUUGACAGAGAUGCUGCAGAGCUACAUCUCAGAAAUCGGGAGAAGUGCCAAGUCUUACUGCGAGCACACAGCCAGGACCCAGCCCACACUGUCGGAUAUUGUGGUCACACUGGUUGAAAUGGGGUUCAAUGUGGACACUCUUCCUGCUUAUGCGAAACGGUCUCAGAGGAUGGUCAUCACUGCACCUCCAGUGACGAAUCAGCCAGUGACACCCAAGGCCCUCACUGCAGGGCAGAACCGACCCCAUCCACCACACAUCCCCAGCCAUUUUCCUGAGUUUCCAGACCCCCACACUUACAUCAAAACUCCGACAUACCGUGAACCAGUGUCUGACUACCAGGUCUUGCGAGAGAAGGCUGCAUCUCAGAGGCGAGAUGUGGAGCGAGCGCUUACCCGCUUCAUGGCCAAGACAGGCGAGACCCAGAGUCUUUUCAAGGAUGACGUCAGCACUUUCCCCUUGAUUGCUGCCAGACCUUUCACCAUCCCCUACCUCACAGCGUUGCUCCCUUCUGAGCUGGAGAUCCAGCAGAUGGAAGAGACAGACUCCUCAGAACAGGAUGAGCAGACAGACACAGAGAACAUCGCUCUUCAUAUCAGCACGGGUGACCCUGGAACUGAGAAGGAGAAUGCUUCUGUCCUGCAGCAGAACUCCUUGUCUGGCAGCCGCAAUGGGGAGGAGAGCAUCAUUGAUAACCCCUACCUGCGCCCUGUGAAGAAACCCAAGAUCCGCAGGAAGAAGUCCCUCUCUUGAGUUGAGAUGGAAAAUACCCUGGAAGGGAGAGGACGCCGCUUUCCUGGGAGCGUGAAAUCAGAGGGAAGAAGAAGGCGACAUCCUUCUGUCCUUGCCCAGGCUGCAUCAUUUUACUGUCAGCCUUCUCUGAAGACAGCCUGUUCUGUAAACAGGCCAGAGGGCUGCUGGCGACCUCAUUGAUUAAUCACUUGAUUCCUUUGAACCCUGGAGGCCAGGGAAAGUGGCAGGGAAGAAAAGGGUCCACUGCCCUGCGCCCGGCCAGGAAGACUGACUGCCAAGUGUAUGUUCCAGGCCACCUGGAUCCCCGUGUUGACCCACAAGAAUCAUGGCAUUACCAGCCCAGAACCUCAUCUCACUUCUCUGUGCACCUGGGCCCCAAGAUCCCUGCUGAGCGGAUGGAAAGUGGCGCUGUAGCCCUCUUCAUGUUAGAAACGGGUCCACAUUGCAGCGUUGGUCUGGGGCUGGCAGGAGCGAGGAGUACAGGUGUCAAUGAAGAUGACAGUGGCCAUCAGUGCCAGCAUUUAAUUAAAGCUGGCCACAGUGGGGGUCAUCCCCGAGCACCCUUCUGGGAGUGAUGGUGCCUGCGGUGUGGUAGACUUUUAUUUAGCACCGGGGGAGGGCUGAGCAGGGGGCAGUGGAACUUGUUUCGAGGGCCAGACUUAGCUGAGAGACAGCUGAUGGUGGAAAGCCACAGGCUGACAGGAUCCAAGAGCGAGUCCACCCGUCCACCUGCACCUCCCUGGGAAGAAGACGCCAUCCCUCUCUUUCCCCCUGAUCAUGAAACAUGCCUCAAGAAAGACUGCAGGUUGCUGUCUUGGGCUGGUUUUGAAAAGAGGCUGAAAAACCAAAUCCAAGGAAGAAUGGAGGGAAAUUGAAAUUGACAGGAAGUGGCUCAGUCCUUGCUUGGACUGGAGCACUGAGCCGUGAUUAAUGCUUCCUUCUGUGCUCCACCUUGGCUGCUGCUCCUCCUCCUCUUUUUUACUCUCACCAGACCCCACGUGUGAUAGCCCGGGCUACCCCAGAGCUCACUGUGUAUCCCACAUGCUGCGGUUACGGUGUGAGACAGCAACUUGGCAGGGGCGUUGCGCCUUCCUCGAUGUUCUCUGGAGUCUGGUUCCUUUGCCUGGAGGGAAAAGCCCUGUCUGGAAUUGCAAGGACAAGGAGUGGUGAGAAAGUGAGCUCUCUGGGCGCUGGACCAGACAGGAGUAUGUCCAUAGUAACUCAGCACUUCCAGGUCACAGCAAGAAGACCGAGGCCUCGGACUGUGAGAGCUUGUGAUGCACUUGGCGGCUCAUGGCCCCGUCAGCUGAAAGCCAGGGCUGAUAGGCACUACCACACCUUGCUCUCUGCACCUUCUAAUCACUGUUCUGCACCAGUAUCACCGUCUGGAACCAGCGCCUGUUGGGCACGACGUCAUGGGGGGGGGGCUCUUGCUGCCCUUGACCUCAGAACUACACACUGUGGUCUCAGAAGAGAGACCCUGGGACAUUGAUUGGCCUGAGUGGUGAUGUGUUGAGGCAUAUGAUUCUUAAUGUAUAUCUAUAUAUUUCUAUUUUUUAUAAGUUGGGAGAGUCUUCUUAGAGGGAAAAUAAAGUAUGAUUUAUGAAAAGCCUGUAAUAAAAUUUGUAAAAAAGA